AUGUCUCCAAGGCCGCCUGAUGUAAAUCUCCCUUUUGGCGGGUAUCAUGAAGACGUGACGCCGCAUUCCUUCAUAAAGAGCAUGGAUACUGGAUCCAGCCCAACUCAAAAGCAGGGCACAAGAGUUUUCAAGAAGAGCAGUCCGAAUGGGAAGAUAACAACUUACUUAUGCAAACGGGAUUUCAUUGAUAGUCUUACACACUGCGAUCCAAUAGAGGGGGUUGUACUUAUCGAUCCAGAGUAUGUGAGAGACCGAAAGGUUUUCACUCAUGUUUUGGCUGCCUUCCGAUACGGUCGCGAAGACCUAGACGUUCUUGGACUAACAUUUCGAAAGGAUCUUUAUUUGGCUUCAACACAAGUUUAUCCUUGUGUUCACGGCAGUGCAGGCGAGAAUGACAGCGAACAAACACUCGUAAAUCCUCCAGUUGUCGUUGCUACAACCACCAUGCGCGAGACUAAGGCUACACCUGGGCGUUCUUUUGGCAGUGGUUCGCGUACCGAUGACGGAGUUGAUGCGGGACCACAGCGGCUCACUCGUCUGCAAGAGCGCCUGAUGAAAAAACUGGGCAAUAAUGCAUUUCCUUUUUAUUUCAAACUCCCACCAGAUGCGCCCGCUUCUGUAAUGCUACAGCCUGGCCCCAACGAAAAUGGGAAGCCUUGUGGGGUUGACUAUGAACUUCGAACCUAUGUGGCGGAUGGCACGGAUGAUAAACUACAAAAGCGGAUGUCCGCAUUUGGUAACUUGGAGGUCGCUGCAGCUGAAUGUACCUGGAUAAUCCAUCGAGUGGAAGCAUUGCUACUUGAUUGGGUACCCGUUUAUAGUCGCCUCUGCGCUGUUCGUUUGGCAACAAAUUCGGUGCGACUAGCUAUACGAAAGCUAACAUAUGCACCCGAAGAAGCCGCUCCCCAACCAUCAGCCGUGGUUGUCAAGGAUUUCCUCAUGAGCCCUGGUUCGUUGCGGCUUGAAGUUUCCCUGGAUAAAGAGAAAUACUAUCAUGGUGAAUCGAUUGCCGUGAAUGUGCUGGUGGAUAACAACUCGAACAAAACAGUGAAGAAGGUCAAGCUCUCUGUCAUCCAGGUUACCGACAUCACCCUGUUCAGCCGGGCGUUGCAUCAAUGCACUGUGGAUGAGACAGAGGCCGAAGAAUCUUUUCCAAUUCUCCCCAGUCAGACGGGAUGGUGUAAAGUGUACCGGUUACGACCACUCUUGUCCAACAACCGCCACAAACGUGGCUUGGCACUAGACGGAAAGUUAAAACACGAGGACACCAAUCUGGCUUCGUCUACCAUCAUCUGCAACCCUCAGCAGAAGGAAAAUCUCGGUAUGAUUGUACAGUACCGCGUCAAAGUCAGAUUGGCCCUUGGAUUCGGUGCUAGUGACGUAUCUCUAGAAUUGCCUUUCACACUGACUCACCCGAAACCGGUUGUGGACCUCGAGGACAAUGUUUUGAAAAUUGAUGAAUUGGAAGUCAAUCCGACUGCCAGUCCAGAUUCUUUUUCUCCGAGUUCAUCGCCCGUCACCGAGCCUGUUGCAAAUUUCCCUUUCAUCCCGGACUUGUCUGAAAAUGAAGCCGCCAACGGAUCAUCCUUGGCCGAUCUAAUUACGCUUGGAGGGGACGUGGUAGGUGCACAUCGACCUUCUACUCCACCAGUCAGAUUGCAGCCAGUUUCUCGUCACUCAGAGAGAAAACCAGAAGAUGAUGAUGACUUGAUUUUUGAGGAUUUCGCCAGGCUGCGUCUGAAAGCCUCCGAUUUCUCAGCUGCUGAGCACGACACUGGGAGGAACUCCCUAGCCAUGGCCUCCGGUGAUAUUGUCUCUUGAACGGUUUACUAUCGUAUUAAGUGUAUAACACGCAAACGAGAUGCACAGUGUAUAUUGCUUUGCGGCACAGUAUCUCGGAAAGGUCCACUCGAACUGUUUGUACUAUGGUGCUUCGCCUCAUCCCCAUUACGAAAGAUAGAUCAUGCAUCGUCAUCUGGUGGAAAACACAUAGGCGCCUGUUCCAUAACUUUGUUAUGUCAUGACAAUGUGUUCUCAUUUCUUUCCUCCAUUUUCACCUAUACAGUCAGUGGUCAAGUCCUUUUCGAAUAUCUGUGAUAUGCCGACCAGAACAAACUCAUCCUCAUGAAUGUAAUCUCUUGUAUUGCCUUUUGACCGUCUUCCUCACACCUAUCGGCCGUUUUCUUGCGAUCCUUUUUAUAUCUUCUUCUCACAUGUAAAUGGAGAUAAUCCUGCGCCCAUCACAGCACUGUAUAAAAUGUGUUUGUCGAUUAGCGCUUGCUAAUUUUUUUUGUAUCUGAUCAUGUCACCCGUGUGCAGAUGCCUAGGAUUUCUAUGUUAAGCGAAUGAUUUCUAGCGCCCAAACAUGGCUUCGAUCAUUUAUUGUAGACUUUCUUUGUUUCACCUGUUCGGCUCAGCCUAAUUUUUCUUGUUUGAAUUCUCAUGCAAAAGUCUUUUCUUCUUUUUGGGACGACUUGAUUUUCAUUCACCAAUCCCGUUUGCCAAUUAUAUUAGCAUUACUUUAGUAGGUCUUCCAUGAGUCAUUAAAAUGGUGAAGGAUCGACCUGCUCCAGGUUUCUGUCAAUCGCUGUUUGGAAAUCACAUUACCGUCGCUUGCUUUUCUGUAUCCUUGUUUAUUUUACUUAUUUGUUGCCGGUGGUGCUGCAACUUGCCACAUCUGCGGUAUUUUAUUGAUGGUUUUGUUACAGUUCGGCAACAGAUGAGCUUAAACCAAUUGAGUCUUUUGCAAAAGAGAUGGAUUUAUCCUCACCGAGGUCUAGACCACUCGAGAAUCAUGAAUCCGUUUACGUC